AUGGCAGGGACUCCUCCUGAAGGAAAGGGUGGAAAUGACGAGGCUGGUGUGAAGCUGCAACCUACUGGCCGCUGUCGCAGGAAUGCCCCCUUAGUCCAAAAGCGCGAUGGCAUCCAUGCGACGCCCGACUUCCAGUCGUCGAUGUCGGCGGUGCCAUCCAUCUCAACAGGGCCUCACGAAAGCGGCGGCACCAACGAUCAACGGCACAGCGCGCAACAGGCGCGCGCGGGCAGUGACAAGCGCGGCGACGAUGCCGUCUUCACAAGCGACACGGCAACAUCAAACACGAACCUACAGCGGCCUUUCGAUGCCCCAAUCCUGCAUAGACUAUCCAAAGAGGGCCCCACGAGCUUCAGGCAGUUCGACCUCCCCGAAUCCCAAGACUACCUGCGCCCCGGACCAGACGAGGAAAUCAGCGCCUCUGACACGUCGUCGUCUUCCACCGGGCCCUACCUAAACAGUGCCCGCUUCACGACCAUUAAAGAGCUCCUGACGCGCCUCGCCGCCAAACCCGGCAUCGACAACACGCCCCCCACCCACUUCUACCGCAUCUGCAACCACACAAACUUCCAGUUGGAAUGCGGUUGCGGAUGUGAAGAAGAAUGAGAGGUGGGCCGACUUUGACCGCGAGAUGACGAUUGUGCGCGAGAGGAGGCCGAGGGAUUACCUUGAGCUGGCGAAAAUGCUGAUAGAAGUGCUGGCGGCAGCGAGGAGGGAGCUUGUGCACGCGUUGGGAGUGCUAAGGAUUGGGAGAGUGGGACUGCGGGCGCGGGGUAGGGGGUGCGUAGUGGGCUAUAGGUACGGGAUCUACAUCAGGCAUAGCUCGC